AUGGGGAUUUGCGCGCGGGCUCAAAAUGCAUUUGAGGACACCUGCGUGACAGGUCAGUCGCCACGCCUGUCAAAAUUUGUCUGGUUGGGGGCCAGCCCACAAGCCCCAAUUCCCACAAGCGACAACUUCCCACAACAAGUGACACAUCAAGCAACAACUUCCCACAAUAAGCGACACAGCAAGCAACAGCCUGCCACCAAUCAACACUUCAAGCCACCUCGUCCAAUCAUGUCAGAACAAAUGAUCCCAGUGGACCCAUCUGCCCCCGUCAACACCAACAUGGACUCUGUCUCCGAAAAUAACUUAUUUUCGCAUCUUGACAAUAUCAUUGAAACAAUCUUUUCUCGUCAUGCGGCCCAAGUCGAGGGUACCCUUGAAAAGCUUCAACACAAAGUCAAGCAGCUCAAAAUGGGCAAUGCCGAAUCUUCCAACCCAACACCAACAACUGCACAACCAAUGGCCCGAUUCCGCCGUGCCCAGUCAGAACCUGCCUCAAGCAUUCCAUCAUCCACUACUCCCAAGAGGGCUGGACCAAGCACUACCGCUCAGGCUAACAAAUCCACAUCAGCCUCCAAGAAGAAGCCAAAUCAGAUGAUAACGGACGACUUCCCGGAUGAUUUCAAGGCAACCAAAGAAUGUCUUUUUGUUCAUAUCCGAUUGUUGUGGGGUUUGCUUGAAACUGCCUCUGUCCCCCCCGUCAUCAAUGCCGCCCUGGUUGCCGAAUUUUCUCUCAACAUCUUCCGGCAAAUUGCCAUGUCCGGGGCUUACGAUUUUAUGAAUUUCAACCGAAAAUACAAGGACAACAUGGUGAUCUUCAUUCGGGCAUACAAUCACUAUGUGCACCAUGUCCAGCUUGAUAAGUUCUCCAAAGAGAACAAGGAGCCUGGUAAACACGCUGAAACCGUAAUGGUCAAAAACGCGGCAAGGAAGCGAUCUCGACGUGAAAUACCGGACCUGACCCGGGUGGCCUUUCUUUUGGAUCCGUCAAAGUCUCUCUUGCCUCAAAAUCACCCAAACUACAAUGCAGAAGAGGCAUUAUCGGACUCCAGGUUCAGCCGCAACAAAUUGGCACCCGCAUUGAUACUUUACAAACUGGUUGACAUCCCCAAAGAUAACAAGGAUGAAGGUGAUGGUGAAGAGGAAGAAGUACAAGAGGAUUCUAUCGAUCUGGCUCCCCUGGAGGAAAAUGAUGAUCAAUUUGUGGCAGAGGGCGACUGGGAAAAUGUAUAUGAUGAGGACGAGGAUGAGGACUAUGAGGAAGAAAUGGAUGAAAUCAUGGGUGAUGAUGGCAAGGAUCAAGAUGACAAAGAUGAAAUGUAUUAA